AUAGACACUUUGGCGCACACACAGAUUCUGGAAAACCAACAGUUUCGAUUGAGACAAUCGCGCGACAAGUUUAGUCACUGCUUGAGACAUUUUGUUUCGCAACGAGAUUAGAACCCUCCGUUAUCACGAUUUGUGCCCAGUUUUAGUGGUAUGAAGUUGAGAGUAAAAUCCAGUUUUCUGUAGUACAGCUUCGUUUAUGUAUCGCUUUACGUUACGCGGUGCGGUUAACAUGAUUAAACCAGUUUAUAAUGUCUUAACAGCUGGCAUUGAUCACCACCCAGCAUCAUCCAGCUAUUUUGCAACCACCGCACCAGCAGCCGAUAUAGACCAAAACUACGAGCGCGCUGUAGCAAAGCUGAACACGCUGCAGUCAAACUAUAGCGCACUUCAGGAUUCUAUAAAACUUAAACAUCAGAACGAAUCUAAACAUAUCAACGACACGGAAAAGUUUUUAGAUCGGAUACACAUUUCGAGUGAAACGUUAAACCGACUCGCCGUAAUACAUGUGGCUGGUACUAAGGGUAAAGGAUCGACCUGCGCCAUGGUUGAAUCAAUUCUCAGAUUCAACGGUUAUCGCACAGGGUUUUUCAGUUCUCCACAUCUGGUGUCUGUCACUGAGCGGAUCAGGCUAAAUGGCCAACCAAUAGAAAAGGAAUGUUUUGUGAACCAUUUCUGGAAAAUUUACAACCAGUUAUUUGCAACUCAGCAGGAUAACAACGAUAUGCCUACAUACUUUGGCUUCUUGACGAUACUGGCCUUAGAUGUAUUUUUAGCUUCCAAAGUAGAUGUAGCCAUUAUAGAGGUCGGCAUUGGUGGAAGAUAUGACUGCACGAAUGUAAUUCAGAAGGCGCCGGUAGUCGGUAUAACUUCCCUCGGAUUGGAACAUACUAAGCUGCUUGGUGAUACGUUGGAAAAAAUAGCCUGGCAAAAAGCUGGUAUUAUCAAAAAUGGUUCUGAUGUUUUCACCGUAGAACAGCCAGCCGAAUGUAACAGAGAGAUCGAACGAGAGUGUUUACGAAAAAAGGCAAUCUUGCAAAUAGUUCCAUCUUCGCUUGAACAGUUUCACUGGGAGGAGGUGCCUUCCAUGAUGAUGAAACACCGUAACAAAAGUACUGAAUUGAAUGUAUCGCUCGCCGUCCGAAUAGCAAUACAUUGGAUACGAAAUACACGUCCGAGUUUGUUGCCACCGAUGAAACAUAUGAUUCCGGCAAAAAUUGUUCAAGGAAUUGAUAAUUGUUUCUGGCCUGGAAGAUUACAAGUUGUUCAAUACGCGGCUCAGAGAACCCUUUUUUUGGAUGGUGCACACACGGUUGACAGUAUUAAGGUUUGUGCAGAAUGGUUCAAACAUAAUUCGCAUAGCCAAUUUAAAAAAUUGUUGCUAUUUAAUUCAACUGGAGAUCGGGAUGGUUUUAAAAUGUUGUCGGUGCUUUCUCAAAGCGUGGAUUUCGAUGAAGCAUUUUUUACACCGAAUGUAGCAUUUACUGCCUCAUGUUCAAAUAUUGAUGCCGUAAAUCAUAACUUCCCCCUAGAACAACAAAUGCAACGUUGCGAACUAAACAGGGUAUUUUGGACAGAACAACUAAAACAACGAAAUGGUUCAGUACACGUUUCUGUUCAGUCUGUUUUCCAAUAUCUACAAAGUGGCUUACUAACGAGUAACGAACCAUGCGAUAUAUUGGUAACUGGCUCCAUACACUUGCUAGGAGCAACAUUUAGUGCUCUGCACUUAGAAAAACAAUUGGCUAACAAUAAAAUAUAGGCUGAGUUACUGAGGGGUGAAAAAAAUA